CUCAGUCACACAGAUAGAGUCAGAUAUGCACACAUCUUGUUUCUCACCAGCAGAGCCAGUUUAGUCACAAAGCAGGCAGGACAGAAGACAGCCGAUCCCUCAGUCAUCUGCUACCACCUUUGGAGAAGAAGUCCAAAAGCACAACCAUGGGGAAAGGAUGCAUCACAGUCACCAAGUACUUUCUGUUCCUUUUCAACCUCCUCUUCUUUAUCUUUGGAGCAUUGAUCAUGGGCUUUGGACUGUGGAUUCUCUUUGAUAACCAGAGCUUCAUUGCUGUUUUGCAGGAAUCAUCAGACACAGUGAAAGUGGCCUCAUACAUCCUCAUCGGAGUGGGUUCACUGUCAAUGGCCAUGGGCUUCUUCGGCUGCAUAGGAGCUAUCUAUGAAAUCCGUUGUCUGCUGGGCCUGUACUUCACCUGCCUCCUUCUCAUCCUCAUCGCCCAGAUCACAGCUGGAGUCCUUGUUUACUUCCAAAGAGAGCCGUUGAAAUAUGAGAUGUCCAACAUCAUAAAGGGCAUGAUAAUUAACUACACCGGCGAGAACAGGACCACAGAGCACACAUGGGACUUCAUUCAGAGGACGAUGAAGUGCUGUGGAUGGACUGGUCCUGGAAACUGGUCUGAGAACCUUUUGAUCAAGAACAGCUCCAAGCACCUGUACUCAUGUUCCUGUCGAAAUCCCGACUUGCCUGGCACGGACAUCCAGGAAGUAGGACUGUGUGAGCACACGUCCUCAGACAGACCCGUCUAUGAAACGGGCUGUAUAACCAGUGUGGAGAAAUGGCUCUUGGACAACUGCGGUGUUAUUCUGGGAAUGUGUGUCGGUGUGGCAGUCGUGGAGCUCCUCGGGAUGAUUCUUUCCAUGUGUCUGUGCAAGAGUGUCGUCCAGGAGGAUUAUACCAAAGUACCGAAGUACUGAGCUGAAGACAGAGCCAGCUUCACACCACACACAGAUGGAUGGACUCUUUCCCUCUCUCUGUCUCUCCUUGUCUCACAUUUUUAUGUACACACACACACACACAUAAAAUAAGACAGCUGUCUCCCCCGUUUGAGCUUCUCCUGCCUUGACAGCUGUGCAAAUUUCUCACGCUCCCUUAUGCCCCCCCCCUCACACACACACACACACACACACACCUCUCAAUCAAACUUGACACACUUGUUGGACAGAAGUUCACAAAUUACCAUUGUCGUCUUAUCAUUUGUGUUUUCAAAGGAGACAUUUUUGAAAUUGUUUGUGGUGGAAGUCAGAGAAUUUUACAGUUCGAUACUAUGCAAAUGUUCAUCUUGUGUUUUGGUUUUCCUUGGCUGACCUCAGAGAAGCGCUUAAUUAACGUAGUAGUAGUAGAGAGAGCACUUUAGUGACAUUUGGUGAGCUGAGAGCGGCAGCAUCUUCUGACUCCAGGGCAGGGAGAUGAGAGGGAGGCAGGAGGGUGUGGGUGUGUGCGUGGUAUACGCUCUUAAGGAUUAAUGCCACUCUGUGAUCCUGCAGCUGGUAUUUUUGGGGCAGAGGGUGGAGGAGAGGCCCAGGGCAGGGCUGCUGUGGUGGAGGUUUUGGCUUCUAUCAUGAGCUCCUUGUACCCAGUAGCCCUGAUGUAAACCUUCGUUUACACCCCCCCCCUUCGCCGGAAUCCGUCAUCUGUUAGCAUCUCUUAUUCACAUCGCUGUCUUCCUCUCGGGUGUGUGUGACUGGUAACCAGUACUUUCCAAACUCACUAGUUUUGCAUGAAGUAGGUGUGUAUGAUGUGUUGAGUGAGUAUUUUAUUUCUUCUUGUUCUUCUUUUUUUAUAUUCUCAUGUCAUCUCUGUUUUUACAGCUGUAUAUAUGACUUUGGUAAGGGAUUGUGGCACUUCAGUGCUUGGUCAGCGUUAUAUAUGGGAAAGCAGUCACCCACAUGCUCUUGUUUUAAGAGUCCUAUUGUUCUUCGUUUCCUUUCUACUGCUCAUGAUGUACAGAAUGUGGCUGCCACAGCAGCUCGUCAGCACUGUUGUGGUCUGAAUCAGAGAAAUUGGAACCCUUAGAGUGAAUCUGUCAUCACUCAUGAAGCUAUACUUUCAGUUCUUUAGCAUAGUAUGAGUUUGUGAACAGUCAGUCUAUCAUUCUUUAAGCUCUUCACACCUGCUUUCAUUUUGAAUUUUUUUUUUCCUUUUAACCAUUGUCCCAGUAACACCAAAAUGGCAGCUGUGUGACCACAAUGUAGUUUACUUUUGCUGCAUGAUUGUUUAUGUCCCGAGGAGUCGUGUUGCCUGGUUUAUAUUAUCAGUAACAAGAGCAGGGGAAAAAAAAGUUGGAAGUUAGCAGCGACUGCAUAUUUUCAGAGGCCGCUGUGACCAGAAAAUGACCAUCAGCUCAUCCUAUCUUAGCUCAAUAUGUUUUACAGAAACGUUCCUUUGAGUUUCCUCAUCCCGCUCAUUAUCCAUCUCAUCAUCUCAGUCCUUCCACUUCAUUUUGAACACACUAUUAUGACUGAAUUUAUGGUUGAUAUAGUGGAUAGAUUGCACUUUUAUGUGGCUUAUAGUUUUUCAUGCCAUCCCACAUGAGUCGUUUCAAAUCAUGUUCAUCCUGCUGAAGUUACGCAUGAGGGAGGAAACUGGCCACUGUUGAAAAGAACAGUUCACAUUUACAGUCAGCCUCUGUUUUAUGACCUGCCAAAUUGAAACAUUAAUUUAACUUAAUGAGAAAUGAAGGCUUUUUAUUGUGUGUUUAAGGUAUUUUUACACUUUUACAAAAAAAAAAGAUUUUGUUCAGUAGAAAAAGUAUUUGUUGACCUGUAAGCCAUGUUUAAAAACAUACUGUGUAUUUGUUUUUAUUAUUGAGAAGUAUUAAAUUUAAAUUCACUAGA